AACUACAUCGCAGUGGCCAGUACAAUUUUACCAUGGAUAGCCUAUUAUAUCGCGAACUGGAGAUAUUUUACUUACGUUACUGCCAUACCGCUGUUAUCUGUCGCUAUCACACCGUGGAUUCUUCCCGAGAACGCCCGCUGGUACGUUUCCAACGGGAUGAUGGACAAGGUUGUUGAGAAACUACGGAGAAUAGCUAGGAUCAAUCGUAGAAAUCCAGACUCGCGUAUUUACGAUAUAUUAGUUAGUAACAUGGAGGCACCGGACAAAAUUCAAGAAUCAGCGACGCUGCUCGAUCUGUUCAAAACGCCACGGUUGGCGAGAAACACUAUUCUUCUAGUUGCAUUCUGGUGUUUUACCCUGAUCUCGUUCGACGAUCACGUGUAUUCAUUAAAACUUAUCCAGAGCUCGGUGUUCGUGUCGUUCUCGAUCGCCUGUGCCACAGAACUUCCAGCUGGGUUAUUACUCGCCCUGUUGCUCGACCGAUGGGGUCGUAGACUCUGCGGAUUUCUCACGAUGGCAAUGACCUGUGUACUCAGUAUCGCUGAACUUAUGCUGCAUUCCAUGCUCGCGAAAUUAGUAAUGUCAAUAUUGUCGCGAUUCUGUCUGAACAUGGCAGCCAAUGUUGGUCUUCAGUAUGCAGCAGAACUUCUGCCCACGCCAGUCAGAUCGCAGGGCGUAUCUUUCAUUCAUAUUUUCGGAAUAGUUGCACACUCUUUGGCGCCAUAUAUCACUGACUCGGCUGCAAUUUGGGAGGGAUUUCCAAUGCUCAUUAUCAGCACGGUGUCCUUUUUUGGCGCUGCACUGGUUUUGUUCUUGCCGGAAACUGUCGGCCAGAAUCUUCCUCAGACUAUCAAGCAAGGCGAAGAAUUCGGAAGGGACCAACAUUUCUGGUCGUUGCCUUGCUACCAUAAGACACACUUCAAUGGACAUCAACACUAUCACUCCUGUGAACGAUAAUUAUCUGAUUUUUAAUAAUAAUUCAAUUAAAAAACACGAAGGAGGAUUCGUGUUUUUUUAGAAGUAACAAUAUUACAAGCGGAUCAGUCUGACGAUUUUUGUACGAGAAAAAAUCGGAACAUAUUAUUUUUCUAUUCUCCUACAUUAAUUUUUAUUUUUAUCGUUUACGUUUAAGAAUUUGUAAGCCUUAAUUCUAAAAAGAGCGAGCUUAGAAAUCGUGUUCCUAUAUAAUUUUUAUUAUUAUCUUUUAAGAGCUUUUAUAAUUUUAAUGCUAAUUUUCACUUGCGUUACGCACGUUCGAAUCGUUCAGCGGUUGGUGCUAAUUUGAUAUUCAAAGAUAUUACGUAGAAUAAUAUCGAAAAUGUUACGUAAAUUAAUAAUUACGUAAUUUAUUAAUUACGUAAAUAAUAAAUUAGGGAGAUUUAAAUUUUUGAUUCCUUUAAUGUUUUUAACAUUUUUUACUGGAAUAUAUUGGACAAAAUCUUAUUUAAAAAAAUAGUACGUUUAGAUAAUUUUUCUUUGUGAAAAGAAACAGUUUUAUAUCUUUUGAACGAUUAUCCACGUAUUUUUAACGAUUAUUUAUCUAUUCGUUAUAUUUUUUGUACGAUUUUAAAUAACGUACAAUAUUAAUAAAAUCCAAGCUUGAAGACUUUUUAAAUUAUUGUUAUAAUUUCUUCAGCACCAACUGCUGGACUUUUAUCUAUCUAAAACGAGUUGUACGUACAUUAAAAAAAAAAUAACUCUAAUUGACUGUUUCUAUGGUUUAGGAAGAAGAAAAAAAGAAAGGAAAGAAUAUUGUAAGCAAAUCGUGCCAUCGUAUGACGAUCAGUGUUCGUCGUUGUGCCAAUAACAACGCAAUCAAUCUGAAGAAACCUAUUCAUAGUAUUCAUAAUCAUCACUCACGUAUAUAUUCGCGUAUA